AUGUCCGAAACACUCAUUCAUGAAGACAUCCUUUCAUUAGUGGUAUAUCUAUGCGAGUUAGCUCUAGAUGAUCAAAUUCGACGGUUAAAACAUGGUGAAUUUCUCAAUGAUUAUACUACGUCGGACAUUCAGCCAUUAUCAUGUGAAAAGAAUGUUGUAGUGAAAGAUUUAAGUUCAUCGGAAAUAUCUACCGAAACGAAGAGUCAACUAGAACAGUCACCGGCACAAGAUCAAACAGUUUCCUCAACGCCGUUCUAUGCAAUUGAGAAAAAUGAAACAUUAGAGGAGAAAAAGAUUAUUGAUGGCAAAUAUGAAACAUUCUAUGAGAGUGAUGAUAUAAUUACUAAUACACAUACUAUUAUUGGGAAAAUAUCAUUUGAACAAAUUGUUCUUGAUGACGGAGCAGAGCAAACAGCAUCUAAAGUCGAGGAACAUCAUUGUGUCUAUACAGAACUUAAACAACCAUUGAAUACCUCCCGUCAAGUAUCGAUUCAAGCAAAUUCGAAGACCAUCACUGGAUCAAAAUCUAUUAAUUUAUCUCUUGUACAAAUACUCGUUUGUUUACUUGCUAAAGUACUAUUCAAUAUCAACAAUGAAACUUGUCAACAAAUGUCAUUAAAUGACGUACUUUUCGAAGCUCGUAUGAAACGAGGGAAAGAACGAUUUGGAAAUGGUAUUUUCUAUCUUACACGUCUCUUGAUUAAGUUAGAAAGAUUAUCCGAUGAAUGUAAAAUGCAAAUGAAUGACUUAGUUCAUGAAAUCGAUAGUAAACAAUCAACAUACUGUACAGAGAAUGUUGACAACUUAUGCCCUGACUGCUUUUAUGCGGGUAAUCAUGCUGAACAUGAUGUCAACAUGUUUCGAAGCCUUGGUGGCGGCGUGUGUGACUGUGGUGAUGAGACUGUAAUGAAAUGUGAUGGUUUUUGCAAACAACACGGUCCUAACCGGAUUUCAGAUGGGCAAGUAUUAGUGAAAUACAUUCGAAGUGCGCAGAUUGUUCUGCCAAGAUUAAUCACUCGAUUUGUUCAACAUUUACGUAGUCAUGCAUCGCCCACCCAAUCUAACUUAUAUGUAACUAUCGACGAAUUUGAUUCCUUAUCACCUUUAUUUGAUCUACUCGAUGAUCUAUGUGAUACUGGUUCAACAAUUCGUUCGAUUUUCACACAUUGUUUACUUGAUACCGAAAUGUACAAACAACUAAACGAACAAUCACCAUUAUCUGAUCUUCGAAAUAUAACCCACGAUGUCUAUCUACAACAACUGAAAGAAACAUCAAACUUGUCUGUACCAUUGCUAUUGCAAACAGACGAGUUUCCCGAGUCUUUCGUUACUCAACAAGCAGGAUGCCUUCUUGGCGAGAUGCUUUUUUGGCUGAUGAAAUAUCAAAUAUCUGAGCGUUUACUGAAGUUCUCUCUUAUGUUAUUAACCGAGUCAGAUUUCAAAGAUGUAUUCACUCAAUCGUUUUUAAAUGUCUACGGAAUCGCUAUUGCUCAAAUGAUAAAAACGCGAAAUAGUCGCGAGAAAAUGAAUCUUUCUCGACUUGUACAUAUAAGUGUUCAAUUAUUUUCCAAUACUCAUCUGACAACUCGAGCGAUUGAAAAUUACCAUUUGAUGGAAAUCAUCCUUUCAUCACUUCACGCAUUAUUCGAUCGUGUGAAAACCAGUUGUCAAUUACAAAAUCGAAAUACGAAUUGCCAUUUUGUUAUAUUCGAAGAUGAUUUCUCUCGAAGUAUGCAUUAUUGGCCGAUGAUUUCCGAUUUUAUGAAUAUUUUAUCACAUGAACAUGCCAGUCGUCAAUUGAUAACUAAAGAAAACUUUCUGUUAACUUGGAUAAGUAUAAUCAAUGGAUUUCAAGGUAAAGCUGACCAUCCUCUUACAUGGCUUGAUCAUAAAUUAUUUGUAGGUAUGAAUGUCAAUCAUCAGAAGCCGGAGUUCGACAUCUUGCAUCAGAGUAAUACGAACUACCUUUUCGCUUUCACCAUUGAAAUCGAAUGUUGUGCUACGGCUCUAUGGACAAUAAUUGCUCAUAUCAUGACUCCAAUCCGACAAGAUCAAAUAACAUAUCACUUGCCAUUGCAUCGAUAUCUAUCGAUUUUAAGUUAUGUUUCACUGAACUACCAAGAUGGCCUAUUAAACGACUUGUUUUCUGCUGAAAGUGCAGCGUUCCUACAUUGCCUAGCAAUAUUUUCGUUAAGAAUUCAAGUGAUAGUUGCUACACUAGUCAAUGUGAACACUUUUAAUGAAAUGAUUUUCAAAAGUUUCCAUGUUUCUGAUUGGCUACUACAAAGGCCGGAUAUCAAUUUAGCAUUUGACAAAUCAGCCUACGUAACCUUAUUACAGGGUAGUCUGAUAGUCUUCGCUUCCAUCAUUGUCUUCACACCACAUAUUGGUAGUAUUUAUACAAAUCCUUCUUUCUGUUGCAUAGUCAACAUUUCAGGAUUGGACGAUUUCGAAUGUCGUCGAACGGAAUUGAUUCAUGCAUUAGUGUUGCAAGACUGUCUUUACUCAUAUUUAGAUGAACAUAUUGCUGAACCGAAAGGCCUUGGCGGCGGGAAACUUGACAUACAAUCCAUUCUCGAUGAUAUAGCUGAAUAUGUUCCACCAACUAUAGACAUUGUCAAUGGUUCAAAACAAGGUCAAUAUAGAUUAAAAGGUGAACUAUAA